AUGAAUCAUUCUAUCGAGUAUUAUAAUCUAUAGUAACACAAACUUUAUGAAUACAUGGUUGGAUUAACUUAGAAUGUAACAGGAGUAGAGAAGAUUGUAAUUAUACUAAAUAAUUUAAGUUUGCAGAGUUGAUAGCAUGCCUCCUUGAUUUUAGUUCAUAAAUUUCAAGUAUUGGACAAAAGUUUCACACAUAAAUUAGUAGUGGAAAUGAACCAGAUAUAUUAGUUUGUUUAUAUUAAUAAGUGAGUAAUUACUUAUUAAGAUUAUCUUAAAAUUGGGAUAAUACAGCUUAAAAAAUUAAGAGUGAAAUUGCAGAGCCUUAUACUUAAUUCGUUAUAAAUUUCAGAUAGACUAAUAGAAAUUUAAAUAGUGAAUCAAAAAAGCAAGUAUCUGAAAUAUUAGAAACAAGAAAAGAGAUGUGUAAAACUUAAGAGGAAUAUUGGAGAUUAAUGAAAUUAUUUGAAUAGAAAUCUGAACAGGCAUAAUAAAUGAUAGAUCAUAUUGAAAAAGGUCAUGCAACUAAAGAUGAUUUUCAAAAAUUAUUUAACAAUUCUCUAAGAGUUUAAGAAUUAGCAGAUGGAAUGGAAAAGGAUUAUAAGAAAUUAUUAUAAAUUACAAAUGAAAGAUGGAAAUAGUUUCAUUAAGAAUGGGAUUCCAUAUUUACCAAUGUUGGUUUAAAUGAAUAGAGUAGGUAAAAUAUAAGAUAUAAUAUAGAAUAAUGUUUACUAAGUAGACUGUUAGUUCAUUAUUAAAAUUAUUGCCUUUUGAUUAGGAUUAAUCAGAAUUUGAAGAAAAAAUAUCAGAUUUAGAACUUAAAUUGAAAUAAGAUCCAAAAAUACCUAUUAAGAAGUUGAUUGAAAAAAGAAUGUAAAUCUAAGAAGGUUGUAUGAUAUUUAAUUAUUUGCAUAGCAUUUAAAUUUUAAUUUGAAGAAUUUGUAAGUUAUGAAUAGUGGAAAAAGAAUCACCAAAAUCAUGAUUAAGUACAUCCAUUAUAAUAAGUAUAAAAUUAAUGGAUAAUUGUUGGAGAUAAAAUAUCAGAAGAAGAGAAAAAACUUAUGGAUAAAUAUUUAUUAUCAUUAUUUUAAAUUGAUUUAUCAGAUAAAUGCGAAUAAAUAAUAAAAAUUAAGUAAAUUCUUUAAAAAUCUGCUGGCAGAAAUUAUUUUAUUACUUAGUUGAAUAAAUUAUAGACUAAAUCAAAUUAAGAUAAAUAAGCAAGUAAAUAUAUCUAUUAUUUUAGGAUUCUAUUUAACAUUAACUACAGAAUAAUUUAUGGAAUUGUUAUAAUUAAUUAGACAUUGGUUAAAUUAUAUUGAUUUAAAUGAAAUCUAUGAAUCAGAAGAUAUUUAUGAUUUAUUAUUAAAAGCUAUUAGAAUUGUAAGAAUAGAUGGAAAAGAGAGAGUUAAUUUAGCCUCAUAAUUAUCUGAUAUUCCUCUCUGGACUAAGGUUGAUAGAUGGAUAGAAUUAUUUUAAUUUAUUAGUGCAAAAAAAGUUGAUGAAAAGAGAAAACAAGCUCAAUAAAUCAUGUAAUAGACCUAAAGUACUAUUUUUAAAAAAGGGGUAAGAAUAAUUGGUAAAGGAAUAUCAAUGAUAAAAAAAAUUGGAUCUUUAUAAUCAAAUAUAAUAGAAGUAAAUGAAAGUGAAAUCUGUUACAUGAUAUUAGAUGAAAUUAAUCUAUUUAUCUAUUCCUUAAAAUUGCCAUCAGAAUUAUCUGCAGAAAUAAUUAUAUAAAUAGCAUCAUAAUAAUAACAUAUUGAUAAAGAUCAUGUGGUUAAAUUAUUGGAAAAAUAGGAAGAUUUUCAUAAUACUUAAUGGAAGAAAUUUUUCAAAUCAGGUAAAGUAGUUUUAACUCAUAAAACUGAAAAAUAUGAGAGAAAAUAAUUAUACAUUUAUGAGAAUAAAGUAAUCUAAGGAUGUGGAGCUUGCUUAAAGUAAAGAUUUUACUAUUAUUAGAUUUUUAUCCAUUCAAGAUUAACCAUAAAAAUUACUCACUCUUAAUGGCAACUUUAAUAAUUAGUUGAAACACAAAAUUAAGAAAUUUUAUCUGGGAAAUUCGUAAGUGUUUUCAGAUGAAUCUACUCAUUAAUUAAGAUUGAGAUUAAUGUCUUAAGCUUUAAAAUUGAAAUAAUUGAAUAUUGAUUAUGUUGAAAUGAAAACAAAAGUAGGAAUUGAAAUGGAUAUUAAUAAUCUAUAUGAAGAAACUAUUAAGUUGGAUGUUUAGAGAAGUCUUCACAUUCACAAAGACAAAAUAAAUUCAAAUGUUUUAUAAAGUUUAUUAAGAAUCUAUGCUUUUUACAAUUAAGAAGUAGGAUAUUGUUAAGGAAUGAAUUAUAUUGCAGGAUAUCUAUAUUUAAUUUAUUAAGAUUAGGAAAUUGCAUAUAAGGCUUUUGAUAGAAUGAUGAAUCUCUAUUUUAAAGAAUUAUAUAUCAAUGAUUUUUCAAAAUUGGUAAAAUCAAUUAUAAAUUAUAGAAAACUGGAUUUUAUGCUUUUGAAAGAUUGCUAUGUAUUUUCUUACCUGAAUUAUCUUCACAUUUGAAAGAUUAGAAAAUUGAUGCAUCUUAUUAUGUGGCUUCUUGGUUUAUUACAUUAUAUUCAAAUGUAUUUCAAUAUAGUUAGAGAUCAGCCCUUUUGAAUGUUAUAUGGGAUUUAUUUUUAGCUGAAGAAUGGAAAGGUAAAAGUGAGUACUAAAAUAGGAUUUUAUAAAGCUACAUUUUAUAUAUUUUCAUUGAUUCAAUAGCAAAUACUUAACCUUGAGUUUGAUGAGAUUCUUCAUUAUUUAGGAUAAUUGAUAAAAUCUGAAAUAUUUAGUAUCAGUACUGAAAAAGAGCUUAUAUAAUAUAUUUAAAAAUUUGAUAAAUCGAUUAAAGAAGAUGUCUCAAUCAAAACAACUAUUCUAUCAAGAUUUAGAAUAACCAAUAGAAUGUUAAAGAGUCUUGAAUCAGAAUAUCACAGCUUUCAAUUGAAGUUGAAUAAAAAGUUUAAUUAAUGCAUGAAGAGAUGA